GUUUUCAACCAUUCAAAUUCAAACUGCCGUCAACGCAAGAAGUCUUCUCAAGCCUCCAAACCCCCCAAAACUGUUCCGCAAACCCAACCAUGGACGCCGACUGUGUGUGCCCGGCCCCGGCCCGCGGCGGCCAAUCCGGCGGAACGUGCAGCGGUGGGAAAAAGACCCGCAACGCGUACCUCAACUUCCUGCGCCACUACCGGAGCACGCACUGCGGCCUGCGGGCGACGGAAGUGGUCCGGCAGGGUGCCGCAGCUUGGCGCGGCAUGUCCGAGCAGGACCGCAAGCAGUACCAGCAGAUGGCGCUGUCCCAGCCGCACGUUUACUACCCGAGGCGCUACUUUGGCCGGCAGUCCAGCAUGCGGCGGAGUGCGGCUGGAGGAGGCGUCUGUCCGGUGGGUUGCUACCCGGCGGGAUCGGCGGCAGCGCGCCGAGCGGGAGCGUCCGGAGUGAGGAAGAGGGGACGAUCGAGCAGCGGCAGUCGAAGGCGCUAGGUGACCAGGC